CGUGAAACGCCAACCGAAAUUUUCUGCACCUUGCACAGACGCUUCAGUUUAUUGAUCCACACACAGGGGAGAAAAAAAAGGGACAAAAGCGACCUGCCGUGCAAGGGAACAAGGCGUGCUCUGGUGCAUUUUUCCAAACCCCGACGCUGUGUUAAGUGUUCACGUUUUCAGUCCGCGUUUACCGGAGGAACACCGCAACCCUUUGCAGACUGUGCUUCAUCACUGUGUAGUACCCCUUCGACGUUCCCUCGAAAACUCCUCACGCAAUAUCAUGUCGACGAACUUUAACGUUGGUGUGGCCGCGGAAGCGAAACCCUCGAGCCGCGUGCUGAAACCCCCGGGCGGUGGCCAUUCGGACAUUUUCGGCUCGUCGGACGUGCGGCAAAACCCGCCCCGGCCGAAGAACAACCAGCAGAACUCGUCCAACAUGAACGCCGUCAUGGGCACGAUGGACCCGAACGAGUCGCUCGAUACGGGAAAGCAGGGAGGCGGUGGUGGUGGCGCCGCACCGUCGUCCACCGGAGGAGACAACGGAUCAUCGGCACCAGCGCAAAAUGGAUCAUCAAAUGGCGGUGGCGGUGCGUCGGCGGACAGGCAGCAGGCAACGUCGGAACGGGCCCGCGUGCCACCGGGCGGUCACUCCCAGGGCUUCUGGUGAGCUGGGUGAGCGCAUCACCCUGCCUCCCCCGCCCCAUCCAACUCACUACAUCCAACACACAACCACUCGCCGCAAGUAACGCGCAUUUUGCAUUGCACAUCUCUCUGCUCUUUGCAACGGAACCAAAAGAAGUAGAAAAAACAAGUGAACUACUACUACUACUAGCACGGGAAUGGGGAGCACCAACCCUCCCACAUCCCCGCAAUGCGGGCCAGCAGGUUCCGGCUUUUCUAUAUUGUGUUUACAUCAUACUCUACGGCACCCAACGGAAGCAUCUGCCCGCACCCCGGGGGACACACCUCCGGCGUGCGCGCCCGGGACGAUCCGCAUCGGUCGGAGGGCGCAGAGUGCUCCAUUUUGUUUAUUAAUGUCUUUUGUACCUCGAACUUCUAUUGUUAGCUUUUAAUGGAAACACACACACACACACACACACACACACACACACACACACACACACACACACACACACACACACACACACACACACACACUUACACACACCCCUUCCCCUUUCGCUAGCCUAUCGUCUUUCGGGCAAGGGCUAGCAGAGUGAACUGCCAAAAAAAACAAGAAAAAGACGACACAAAAUCCCGUUUACUUACAAAAAAAAACCCCAAUGCCUCUCUACCGAUAACUAUUACUUUCUAAUUGUGUAUUUUGCGUAUGGUAUUAUAACUUCCAAAAAGUAAAAGUGUUAAGCGUGAGCAGCACCACAAUCCCCACGCAGGGGGGGCUCGGGAACACUCAAAGACCAAUCGAUCGCCUCCGCCAUCCCCCUGGUACUCUUACACAAAAUGACGGAACAAAUAAAUUAUACACUACAGCUUAAUUAAAAAGCCAGCUGCAUGGAUAAAAA